AGCCCCUAUGGACUUCGCCACCACCGCCCGAUGGUUCUAAGAACAAGGAAGAGUGUGUUGGAGUUGGUAUAUAUAUAUCCCAGACUUUAAAAUAUCAAUUUCAAAAAGAGCGUCAGAUCAAUUAUCAGUGUGCAACAGAAAUGCUGGCUGUAAUAAUAGGAUUACAGUGGGUUGAAGAGGUCAGACCAGAUAGGGUGGUGAUAUGCACAGAUUCAUUAUCCAUUUUAAAAAGUAUACAGUCAACAACAACUGUCAGAGAAGAAUUACUCAUAUAACUUAAUCUAGGAAAUCAUGAUAGCUAGACUCAGACUGGAUCACACAGCAUUGAAUGUUACUCUAUGUCGUAGGAACUGUGGAGUUAAAAAAAAUGUGGAACAUAUCAUAUUACACUGCAACAUGUACAAAACAGAGAGGGAAAAACUAAGAGACAGGGAGAGUGGAGCCUGAUGGGGAUACUGGGAACAGAAGGUGAGGGGGUAAGAGCUACCAGGAAGGCCAUUCUUAAGUAUUUGAGUGAAAAAGGAUUGAUUGGAAGAAUUGAAAACAACGUAAACACAGUGGUAUAAUUCCACAAGUGCUGACAGGAUGAUAUGUUGAUACACGCUCUUGUACAGUAGGGGGCGGUAUGCACCUUAAAGUUGUUUGCAAUCCGCCAAAAAACCGAGAGAAGAAGAAGAAGAACAUCCAUGGGACGACCCGACACAUGGCAGCAACGUUCCCAUCUGCUUCAUUCAUUUCUCCUGUUCAACAGUGUCGUAAACAGCUGUUGAGAAUGUUGCCUCACUUGAGUCAUGAAGGGACAACAAACGAUUCAAAGGACAAAGAAGAGCCCAAUCGUCCUCUCAGUGAAUUCUACCCAUAUAUCCGCUGUGCCCUGUGCAGUUACUUCCUCAUCGAUGCCACCACCAUCAUAGAGUGCCUGCACACAUUUUGCAAAAGCUGCAUCAUGAAGCACUUCUUCUACAGCAACAGGUGUCCAACAUGCAGCACUGUAGUCCACCAGACACAACCGACGUACAACAUCAGGCCUGACAGAAAACUGCAGGAUAUUGUUUACAAAAUGGUUCCCUUCCUGGAGGAGUCCGAAAGAAAACAAAUGUGUCAAUUCUACAAGGAGAGAGGGCUGGAUGUGCCAAACACAGUUGUAAUCUCGCCUCCAGGUCCUGUUGUCAUAAAGAGGCAGAAGAAAGAGAACAUUCCCCCGUCUGUGUUCACCAUCCCUCCUGAGCUGGAUGUAUCUCUGCUGCUGGAGUUUGUUGGGGCUGAAGAGGGAAUCGCUAAUUACAAGCCGUUAGAGAAUCGCUACGUCCUUGUGUCCGGGGAGCCCACUGUGCGCCAAGUGGAGAUCUUCAUCAGGAGGAUGAUGGAGCUGAGCUCAGCAUGCCAGGUGGAAGUGGUUUGUGGAAAUCACCUCCUCGAUCACUCCCAGUCCCUCAAGGACAUUCAGAGCUUAGUGGGUGAAGAGGCACUGCAGGACGGUUUGUUGGUGCUGCAUUUUGGCCUGGUCCUGCCCUCCCAGCCAUGAGCACGAGAGGUGGAUGUAGUCCAUGAACUCAUCACUUGGAUUUCCUUUAUUCAUGAACAGUCUGAAAUGAAAAGAUCUAAACAUUUAAAACUGCAACGUUCAAUUGUUUUAAUAAUAUUAUCACUGGGCAUUCAGGACAGCCCUGGUUUCUGUUUGUUGCGCACAGACAUUUGAUUAACAGAAGUGCCAUCAUGCACUUCUGCCAUCUUUAUUUAUCAUCUCAAGGGCUGAGCGGAGUUUCAUAUUGAUUCAACUACCAAAAGUUUUUGUGUGGAGCUUUAUAUACCGUUUAUUUUAUUUACAGCUUGCUUUGUGUUUGACAUAUUUAACUCAAUGGCAUUUGUAUAUUCUGCUGAUGGGGUUUGUUCAAAAAGCCUUUCCUACUCAGUUUUGUCAGAAUGAAUUAAUAAAUAACUGCUCAACUGA